UCACUCUGAACAUCACCGCCGCCAUCCCGCCUGCCUUUCUCAUCACGGAGUAACCCGCACCACCUCACGCUAACCCGCCAGCUCCGGGGCAGGCAGCGGGGCUGCAGGAGGCUCAGCCCCGCGGCGCUGAGUGCAAAAUACGACAUCGCGCAGGUCGCCCUCAGGGAACGCGGCGCCCUGACCUUCUCUCGCCAAGCGACACCGUCAGCAGCUGGCGCCGCUCCAGGGCCGUGGCGCCGGCUCGGAGCAGGGGGCCGCGGCUGGCUUGAGAGCUUAGCCCCGCUGUAGGCUGUUAAUGGAGAGGAGCCGUGGCGCGGGAGAGCGAGGGCCGUGGGCAGAGGGAAGGGAGAGCGGCCGUGGGGAGCCCCGCCGGGCUCGGUGCCGCAUCGCCCAGCGCUCGGGACCAGCGGUGCACUGAGAGGAGUAGGAGCGCGGCACCAGCGCUCACAGGCGGUGGGGAGCCGGGGGCCGGGCGGCCGCAGCAGAGGUGCGGUGAAGGCGGGGAAAGAAGCGAGCAGCCCCCCGCCACCGCCGUGCCCCGGCAGAGAGAGAAGGAGGGAGGGCGCUGUGCGGCCCGGUCACGGCAGCCCCAUCCGCGCUCCCCCUGCCCAGCCCCGGCCAUGAAUAUGUAACUCCCCUCUAUUUCCCGAGCUCCAUUGCGGAGGUUGCCGCUCGCCAUAUUGUGCUGCUGGGGCUGCGGUCCACCGCCGGCGAGAGAGGGCGGCGGGAGCGAGCGGCACAGUGAGACGCGGCGGCCUGAGGCGGGAGCCCCGCGGGCGCCAUGUCUCAAGCCGUGCAGACGAAUGGGACACAGCCUUUAAGCAAAACAUGGGAGCUCAGUUUGUAUGAAUUGCAAAGAACGCCUCAGGAAGCAAUCACUGAUGGCUUGGAAAUAGUUGUGUCACCCAGGAGCCUGCACAGUGAACUGAUGUGUCCCAUCUGCUUGGAUAUGUUAAAAAACACCAUGACAACAAAAGAAUGUUUGCAUCGCUUCUGUGCUGACUGUAUCAUUACAGCCCUCAGGAGUGGCAACAAAGAAUGUCCCACGUGUCGUAAAAAGCUAGUUUCAAAAAGAUCACUGAGACCAGAUCCCAAUUUUGAUGCUCUCAUCAGUAAAAUCUAUCCAAGUCGCGAUGAAUAUGAAGCUCAUCAGGAGAGAGUGCUAGCAAGAAUCAGCAAGCACAAUAACCAGCAAGCUUUAAGUCACAGCAUUGAGGAAGGAUUAAAGAUUCAAGCUAUGAACAGGUUACAGAGGGGCAAGAAACAACAGAUUGAGAAUGGUAGCGGAGCAGAAGAUAACGGUGACAGUUCACACUGUAGCAAUGCCUCAACACACAGCAAUCAGGAAGCGGGACCUAGUAAUAAGAGAACCAAAACAUCCGAUGACUCUGGGCUAGAACUGGACAAUAACAACACAACUGUGGCAAUAGACCCCGUAAUGGAUGGUGCUAGUGAAAUUGAAUUAGUCUUCAGGCCUCAUCCGACCCUCAUGGAGAAUGAUGACAGUGCGCAGACAAGAUACAUCAAGACCUCAGGCAAUGCCACUGUUGAUCACUUGUCCAAGUACCUAGCAGUAAGAUUGGCUUUGGAGGAGCUUCGUAGCAAAGGAGAGUCAAACCAGAUGAACCUUGACACAGCCAGUGAGAAGCAGUAUACCAUUUACAUUGCUACUGCCAAUGGGCAGUUCACUGUAUUAAAUGGGUCCUUUUCCUUGGAACUGGUCAGUGAGAAGUACUGGAAAGUGAACAAACCCAUGGAACUGUACUAUGCACCAACAAAGGAACAUAAAUAAGCUGUGCUGGAAAACUGAGAUGGGACUAACUCUUUUUAUAGCUAUGACUUCUUUAAUAUUAAAAGGAGGCACCACCAUUACCUUCAUGGACAAUACACGUGAUGCCUUCAGGCUCUCAGUAUACUUAUUAAUAUGAUUAGACAGUAUUCUGGGUUGUAUUUAAUUUAGUCUUUGUUUUGGGUUUUUGGUUUUUCCCUAGGAGACUAAAUGACCUUCUCCAGUGCAUUCCAGUGUUUGACAUGCUUUUUUGUUCCUAAUGCAUGAUAACUGAACAAGUGUUCCAGUUUGGAAUGUCUUAUUUUGUCCAGGUAAAUCUGGAUUUCUAAUACAUUUGACACAGUUAUAGUAGCCUCUGUGAAGUAUUGAGCAUUGGAUGGCUAAGUAAGUCUAUUCAAUAGUAACAUAUGCCAAGGAAUGUGUUAAAUGUUGUACUUUGCUAAUGGUUAUCCAUAUAAAAGAUCAGUAGAGAAUUGAUUUCUGAUAGUCUUGCAGCUAGAGGUAAUCUGAUUAGUCAUUUUCUUGGGAACAAACAGAGAUGUAGUGAGAAAACUGACACUUUAAAACCUUGCUGUUUACUGGGCCUAAUACUUCAGUGUAAGGGGAUUCAUGAGAUUGUUUGCUUUUUAAUGGAUAUUCCAGUCAAAAAACAAAACAAAAACCCCAAACAAGCCAAACCCAUAACUUUCCCAUGUAGAACAUUGCCAAUCUUGAUGCACACUGCAGCUUCCCAUCUGUUCCGUGUUGUAGUGUCCUCACAAGCCUAAUUGAAGAAAAUCUGGCAGUUUUACAGCCCUACUAUGUUCCCUAUAAUAACAGAUUUUUAUUGUGAAUGUAUUAGAAUGUUCUGUAAAGAACUGUUCUGAAAAAUUUGGGGUUUUUUUACAGCAAAUGCCCAAAAUUCCAGCACAUGGGCAUAAUGCAAUAUCAAAAUGCUUUGUUUUAUGGAAUUUGUGCCACUCCACCACCCCAGUUGUGAGCUUAUCCGGGCUUCAGUUUGAGCAGGGAGGACUUCAACCAUAAGCUGCUUGAAGUUUGUUUUCUUUUCCUUUUUUCUUUUUUUCACCAUAGUUUUAACAAAUAUGGUUUAGCACUUUGGAAGACAAUUUUAGUACUUGACAAAGUUUACCAUUUAGUGUCUUAAAUUUAGGUUCAAGUUUUAAAACUUGGCAGUAGGCUGUUGUGUUAAGUCCAGUACCUACUGUUGAUUUGCAUGUUAAAUUCCUCUUCCCUCAUUCUGGACCUUGCUGCCACUUAAUGGGGGUUGCUUUACCUAUUAGCAUUCCAUUUUAAGGGAAAAUAUGUUACUGUGAGAUUUCCUUUGCUCUAAGACUUGCUGAUGAAUCUUGCACCCGUUUGCACCUGAAGCUAGAAGCAAGAAAAGUUGCUAUGAUAGGUGAGAUGUAUUUUAAACCAUAUGGUAUUGCUCCUUCUUCGUCUUGCCUGUAGUUAGACUGGUUUUGGCAUGUGGUACGUAAAGAAGGAAGUACCCUCCUAUGGCUUGUGUCUUUCAAGCCUAGCACUUGUAAAUACACAUCCAUUCUGACUGCUGUUUCAGAUCAGCUGUAUCCCAAUGUGAAAACUGCACAUACUUCUUUGAGUAACUUUUUUCUCUUACUGGAAAGACUUUCUUUUUUUGUGUCAGGAAAUGGAAGUUUUCAGGCUCCAGAACACAGAGGGGGCAGUUUUUAAGGAACUAUGUUAUUCAUGAAUUUCUGGUGAAAUAUUGCAUUGUAUAGACUAGUAGUGCAUGUCCACUAAAUAUAAUCGGGGGUGGGGGAGAAGGGAGCAGUGAUUAUAAAUGCUUCAAAAUUUAUGGGGAAUCUUCUAGAUUAGUUGCAGCAUACCUUCCCAUUGUGAUAGCUAAGGUAAUGUCCAGUCCCUUAAGCAAGAGAGAUGUUUGUGAAGCUGAGCAGUCUGUCUAGGAGCUGUCUGUCACUUUGUCCCCAGUUCUUUAAAAAGUGUGGGAGAAUGUGAAACUUUUAUUUUCAUGUUGUAGUGAAUUUACUGAAUAUUUAUGUUCUUUAAAUAUUGUAUAUAUAUAAUGUAGUUGUUUGAUUAAACCAUUGAUUGCACUGUGGCUCUUUA